AAAAACAAAUAUUUUUCGUAAUAAAUGACAGUGUAAAAUUUCAGGCAUUAAUUAAUUAAUUAAAGACACAUAAACAAAAGCCGACUCCCGGAAUCACUAUGACGACGGCCGUUCUGGGCGGCGGCAUCAGCGGCCUCUCCGCCGGCUAUUACCUGUUGCGGCGAUUCGGAAAACCACUGACCAUCUAUGAAGCCUCGCCUCGAGUGGGCGGCUGGAUACGUUCCGAGACUCACAAGGAUCGAGGAUUCUUGUUUGAAAGCGGUCCAAGAACCAUACGUCCCGUGGGACUGCCUGGAGCAAAUACUAUGGAAAUUGUGGAGCAAUUAAAUCUGCCGGUUAGGGCUAUACCACGAUCUCAUGUGGCUGCCAAGAAUCGAAUGCUAUAUGCCAAGGGGCAAGUGUGCAUGUUGCCCAAUAGUCCCAUGGGAUUGUUUGGCACAAAGCCGCCGUUCAGCCAACCACUGUACAAAGCCUUUAUCCAUGAUCUUCUGGCUAAAUCAACAUUAGCCAAGCAUGGAGAUGAGUCGAUCUAUAGUUUUGCUGAACGGCGCUUUGGUAAGGAGAUAGCAGACUAUGCCAUCAGCCCUAUGAUUUGUGGCAUUUGUGCCGGCGAUGCUCGAGAGAUAAGCGUUCGGUUCCUUAUGGACGGCCUGUUCGAGAAGGAGCAGAAAUACGGAGGCGUUUUAAAGGGUUUGUUCUAUGCGCGUUACAAGGAGAAAAAUUCAACCAAACCAGGCAUAUUCGCCCAAGAGCAGACAAAGAUGUACCUUCAAUCGAAGCAGGAGAAGUGGGCCAUGUAUGGCAUGGAUGGGGGAUUGGAGCAACUGCCACGAGCAUUACGCAAAUACCUUGGCGAAAAUGAUGUCAAUGUGCAGUUAUCCAAUCCGUGUCGAAAUCUAACGUUCAGUGACAAUGGAGUGCGACUCAGCCUGAGGGAUGCAGAUCUGCCGGUCGAUCAUGUGAUAAGUUCGCUUCCUGCAUAUCGCCUGGCGGCCCUGGUGAAGCAGCAGCAUCCAUCUCUGUCCGCUCAACUGCUGGAUAUUCCCUAUGUAGAUGUCGUGGUGGUGAAUAUACAGUUUGAAGGUAACAAUCUGCUCAAACAAAACGGUUUUGGUCUGCUCGUUCCACCCUGCGAACAAUUACCCGUUUUGGGUGUAAUCUUUGAUAGCUGCUGUUUUGACAUGGACGGGAAUACAAUUCUUACGGUGAUGAUGGGUGGUCGGUGGUUUGAUCAAUGGUUCAGUGAUCAGCCCAGUCCCAAGAAGCUGCUCGACACGGCAUUGCGUUAUGUACGUCAAAUACUGGAGAUCAAGGAGGAUCCCAAAUUCUGCCGAGUGCAUACGCAUCACAAAUGUAUUCCCCAGUAUACAGUGGGCCAUAAGCAUCGCGUUGCAAACAUACGGAAAUACAUUAAGACCUAUAAGCUGCCAUUGUCUCUGUGUGGUGCUGCCUUUGACGGUGUUGGAAUCAACGAUGUCAUCCUUUCGGCCCGCCGACAAGUCGAGGCCCUACCCCAGUCAUUUUCCCAUCCCACUUAAAACUCUGUUAUGUAUUAUUAGCCUGGUGUUUUCUAUUUUGUGAUUGAGAUGAAAUCUGUUGCCUUUUGUAUAUAUAAACAUUCCUAUAAAUUCCGUCUA